AUGCAAUUCGACGACGAUCCCGGCUGCAGCCCCCCCAACGUGGUGGACUCGGCAUGCGCGACUUCGUCCAACGGCGCAGCGAGCGCAUCCGCCGCGCCCAUAUUGCUGCCGAUGCCUUACACUUACAGCAAGCGCCAGUUCGACCGCAGCUCCUCCUUCACCGGCCUCACACGCAACAUCGAGCUCAGCGUCAGGGGCGGCGCCAGCGGCGGCAGCAGCAGCAGCGGCAGCGACGACAGCGACGACGACGCUGCCCCUGGCGAUCGGGCGCGCAGUGGAAGUGGCCGCGGCGGGGCGGAGGCCAGCUGGGCGCAGCCCCACGGCGUGUUUGAGGUGGACGAGCCGUCCACGGAGAUCAAGUUUGUGAUGCGCGGGCUGAGGGAGGCGCUCACGAAAAAGGAGACCGAGUGCGAGCACCUGCGCCAAAUCAUCAAGGAGCUGUCCAUCAGCCGCGCCAGGGUGCAGAAGAACAAGGUGGAAAUGGAGGAGUCUUACGCGGCCCUGCAGAAAGAGUACCUUCGCGUGGUCAAGGUAUCUGAGCUGGCGCGCACCGUGUCGCAGCAGAGCCUCAGCCGCAGCCACACCAUGCGCAAAGAGCUCCAAGCCGCCCACGACGCCGCCUCCCGCGCGUCGCGCCGCGGCGCCGCUGCCGCCGACAAGGCGCGGCGGCUCAAGGCGGCGAACUGCGAGCUGCGGCAGCGGCUGGCGGCGGUGGAGGCGCUGGCGGCGCGGGCCGGGGCGCUAGAUGAUAUCCGGACGAGUGCAUCGAUGCGCGAGUUCCUGGCCACCGCGCAGGCGGGGCUGUACUGA